ACGUUAAACCUAGAGCACAACUACAUCGGCAAGCUAUUCAACAACAGUUUCACCGAGUAUCCUAACAUCAAGAAUCUGAUGCUAUCGUUCAACAAGGUGCACACCAUUGAGCCCGGGGCGCUAGGGUCGCUUGGCGAGCUGGAGAUGCUAGACCUGUCACAAAACGCCAUCAAGGAGGUGCCAGCCGGACUACCCAAAUCGCUGACUCAGCUAAGGCUAAACGGAAAUCCGGUGUCGGAUAUGCGCCAGUUGGAGACCGCCGUCGGACUGCGGGUGUUGCAGCUCAGGGGCUGCGACCUGAGAACUUACCCGGAACUAGGCAUCAUGCCCAACCUGGUCAGCCUGGACGUGUCUGAAAACGGAGAUAUCGUGGAUCUAGACCCCGCCCAGUUGGCCGUCACGUGCCGCUUGGCCCGGCUCAACGUGACGGGCGCUACCAAUUUGUUCCGACCCGGCACGCCGGGCGCUCACUGCAGGUGCCGGCGCGUCGUCCAGUGGGCCAACACGUACAAGAUAACCGUGUUCGGUUUGGGCCAUUGCCCGGACCCGCUGGCCGGAGACGGCGAGCUCGACAUCCACGACGACCCGAACAGCGAGGCCUGCGCCAGAAUCCCGGAACAGGCCCUGGCCGCGUUCAAGGAGUGCAUGGCCGAGUGGGAACACCGCAACACGCCCUACUGGGCCAUCGCCUCUGGUGUCGUUAUCGCCGUGGCCGUGCUGUUGGCGCUUUGCGUGUGCAUGCGCCGCCGCCGGAGAAGAGGCCGCCGYGGCAACGCCRACAAAGUGCAGAGCGCCCAAUCGCCGCCGCCGUCCGACGCCAAAGUAGCCCACAACGACUCGGCCGGCAACAAUAAAACCGAACCGGCCGCGCUCUUAUCGUCGGCCGCGUGAAAUCGUCCGAUUUUUCCUGUGUUUUUAUUUUUUUUUUUUAACAAAUUUUACCUGCAUCGUGUCUUAUGUAAAAUAAUGCUGCCCGCGUAUAAUAUACACAUACGUCAUUGUAUAUAUUAUAUAUCUGAAAUGUUUAUCUUAUUAUUUUCGUUUUGUUUUAUAU